AUGGACCCUCUCAGUAUUGCAGGGUUGACGAUUGCUGUCCUCGACCAAUUAUGGAAAGUCGGUAAUCGAACAGCGGAGCUGGUGUCCGACUAUCGAGGAUUCGACACGGACACGAGAAUAUUGGAGAACAAGCUACGAGACGAGAAUAACCGGACCAGAGCUCUGCAGUUGCUCUUAUUCGAACUCUCCAGCACUUACGGGGGCAAAUCGCUGUUCGAGCAGUUUGACAAAGAUGUCCAAGACCAGAUCCUUGUCUUCCUUGAGCAGGCAUCUGAUGUGUUGGAACAAGCCUACAGGCUUCUCAAUCGCCGACAGAAAUCCGACAUCAAGGACAAAGACCCUCAGUCACCAGCGAAACCAAACUUCAUGGCAGCCAUCUCGCCCGCUCCGAGUAGCACUUCUUUAAGCUCUGGCGAUUCCAUAUUAAAACGCCCCAAGUCAUUCCAGCGGAUAAAGUGGUCCCUUAUGGACAAGAAGCGGGUUGGAACUAUCAUCGAAGACUUUAGCGAGUUGAACAGCAGGAUUCACGAAAGCAUCAAGUUAUGGUGUCUCGGAACGUCAAUUGGCGUCAAUCUUCAACAUCUUAACCGCCUCGAAACCGAUGACAACUCUCGAGCGCUGGGCUUUGACGUCGAUGCUAGGCUUCAACUGACCAUUAGCCAGAGCCAAACCACCGCCACAAGUCUCGAGAUGAACGACCCCGCCUUGCGUGGAUGUGUCGAGAAUGCCAGAGGUUUUGGAGGCAAAUUCGGCAUUUUUGACUGGGAAGACAAGGUGUACCUUGUUGAAUAUCUUUCCUAUUCUCCAGAAUCGCCAGUUCCCGUGCCGCUAGAUGAUCGAACUCGCGCCCUUGUCGACAUGCUUGCCAAUCUGCUUCACCAGCCUAAAGAAAUUGCGUUCAGGACUCCGAGCUGCCACGGCUGGUCUCCUGAACAUUCUUUCUGCGAAUAA